AUGGCUUAUAGAGGCGCUUCCGAAUUUUCUCCAAACGCUGUCGCCGCUGGUUGGGACAUGUCCCCUACACGACUUUUAAAGGCGCCGAAUGAUCGAUUUUGUGUUCAUUGUGGACUUGUGAUUCGGGGUCAGGCAAUCGACAAACCUGCUGUGUGUCCGCACAAAAAUUGCAAGCAAGCCUUGAUCUUCAGGAACAACCAAUUUGAUUCCGUCAGCAAAUGGGGACGCUGCCGACAAUGUGACAGCUUUACUCAUGGCGAUUUUCCAUACUGCCAAUCCUGUGGAACAGUUAAUCGAGAUGCACUAUCCCGAAAACGUCGUUUUGAACAAAUUGAAUUCAAGAAGCAGCAACUUGAAGCCAAGCGACUUAAAGAGGAAAAUGAAGCUUUAAAGAAGCAACAUCUGGACCCUGAUUUCUUGCUGUGGAAAGAAAUGAAGAAGGCAGAGGAAGAACAGAAGAAAAUGGAGGAGGAGGCCGCAGCUGAAGCUGAACAGGUUGCCGCCGCCAAGAUGUUGGAGGAAUCUCUUCUACGGGAUGAUGGCGACGAAGAAAUGAAGGAAGGAAGUGGCAAAUUAGUAAAAUAA